AUGUUUGUCGGAUCUUUCCUGGAGUCCAUCCGGCUGCCGUCCAACGACCGAAGCGUCGCCAAUGUAUGGAUCAACGAAGACAUUCGACCACUCCCACCCAAUCGCCGGACCUGGACGAGAUGGGCAUACGUGAGCUUCUGGGCCAUCAAUCAGAUUGCUCUUGGCAAUUUUCAGAUCGGAGCAUCGCUGGUGUCGACAGGAUUGUCCGUGUGGCAAGCGGUAAUCGCUGUCCUGGUUGGGAAGAUCAUAAUCGCAGUUGUUGCCGUAGCCAAUGGCACAGUCGGAGCAGAAUGGCACAUCGGCUUUCCGGUCGUGAGUCGAUACAUCUGGGGUAUAUACGGCCACUACACCGCUUUGAUACAACGAAUUCUCCUCUCCUUGGUUUGGUUCUCCGUGCAAUCUUGGACCGGAGGACUCUGCGUGCAAAACAUUCUUGCGGCGAUCUUUCCCAGCUAUCAGCACAUGAAGAACCACUUCCCGGCCUCCGCACAUAUGGACACACGACAAUUCAUCGGUUGGAUCAUUUUCAACUUACUGAUGAUCCCCAUCCUUUGGGUCCGGCCCGAGAAAAUGAAGUGGGUCGUACUGUGGAUGAAUGCGGUCAGCUUCGUCACCUUACUGGCCAUGACGAUCUGGCUUCUGGCAGAAGCGGGCGGCGCAGGGCCUUUGCUCAAGCAGCCAGCGACUGUGAAGUCCAGCUCAGCGCUCGCAUGGAGUAUUACCUCUGGUGUGACGACGGUCAUUGGAGGCAUCGCUGUGGGAUUGACUAAUCAAAUGGACUACUCACGGUUCGCUCGGAGACCGGGAGAUCAAGUCAUUGGGCAAUGGGUGUCCAUUAUCGCUUUCGGCACGAUCAUGCCCACUCUCGGCUGUCUUUGUGCGUCGGCCUCGGUGACCGUUUACGGAGAACCAAUAUGGAAUCCUCCAAACCUCGUGCAGAAAUGGCUCGACACCGACUACACUGCCAAGUCUCGCGCGGCUGCAUUCUUCGCAGGUAUUGGGCUUGUAGUCUGCCAGCUCGCAAUCAACACGAUUGACAAUGCCUUUUCAACUGGCAUGGACAUGGCGGGUUUGUUCCCAUCGUAUAUCAACAUCCGACGAGGAGCGUACGUCGGACUGGUCCUGAGCAUAGCCAUGUGUCCGUGGGAACUGCUUGCCUCUGCUGGUACUUUCAUCAGUGUUCUCGGGGCGUACGGGGUCUUCCUCGGCCCGAUGACGGGUAUCAUGGUCUGCGACUACUUCGUCUUGAGGCGGAGACGUCUGAAGUUGUCGGAUCUCUAUCAUCCGGGAAAGGACGGCCUCUACUACUUCUGGUACGGCAUCAACUGGCGCAGCUUCACGGCAUGGGUCAUCGGCUGGUGUUAUCUCCUGCCUGGAUUCGCCCAUGCUGUGACGCCCAAUGUCAAGGUCCCGGAGGCAUGGAAUCAUCUUUAUUACUUGGCGUAUCCUUUGGGCUUCACCGUCAGCUUUCUGGCAUUCUAUGUCCUAAACAAGAUAUCGCCACCUCCCGGCCAAGGCGUUACGGAUGACUUUGAUGUCUACGGGACUUUUACGGAAGAUGAGGCUAGGAGGUUGAGUUUUGACAAACCUUCUGUCAUCGAAAAGCUUAAAUGA